AUGGAAAUGCACAGCUACCCUAUUUAUGACUGGAUUAACAGAACUGCACAAGACAAUCCCAGAAGAGUGAAAGCCAUCCUUAUUGGUUCUUCAUACGAGAAGCGGCCGCUAUACGUUCUCAAGCUGUCUUUCAAUGACAGGCCAAAUAGGAAAGCCAUGUGGAUUGACUGUGGGAUCCACGCAAGAGAGUGGAUUUCUCCGGCUUUCUGCUUGUGGUUUGUGCACCACUCUUUGUCAUUUUAUCAGCAAAACUCGGAAAUUACUCGCAUCCUGGACAGCAUGGAUGUCUACGUCCUGCCUGUGAUGAAUCCUGAUGGAUACAAAUACACGUGGACGGCAAGAAGGUGGUGGAGGAAGAACCGUUCCAUCAGUAAGUCGGGUUUUUGCGUUGGCGUUGACCUCAACAGAAACUUUGAUGUUGAUUGGGGCAUUAAGGGAUCCUCUCAAAAUCCUUGUGAGGAAAUCAACUGCGGGCCGUUUCCUGAGUCUGAGCCCGAGGCGCAGGCUGUGGCCAACUUCCUGCGCAGACACAAGGACACAGUUCAACUCUACAUCACCAUCCACUCCUACUCCCAGAUGUUCAUCUUCCCAUAUUCCUACACCUUUGAUCAAGCGGAGAACCACAACGAUUUGCUUGAGAUGGUCCAAGAAGCUGCCCAGAGGAUCAAACGAUAUUACAGGAACACCUACACAUAUGGUCCUGGAGCAGCCACAUUAUACCCAUGUUCUGGCGGCUCUGACGACUGGGCGUACAAACUUGGCAUCAAAUACUCCUUUACGUUUGAGCUCCAGGACCGUGGGGAAUACGGCUUCCUGUUACCACCUUCUCACAUAUCCGGGGCCUGCAACGAAGCGCUGCUUGCGGUCAAGACCAUUGCUGUCAAGGUUUUGGAGAAAACACAAGCUCCGGCAAACCAUCACACGAUCUAA